GUGCGCGGUCCCUCGGUGAAGCUAGUUUGCGUGCGUGAGUGGGAGGUGGCAGGCCUCAAUCUCUGGCCUUCUCCGCUGACUUUUCCAGCGCGACGUCUCCAGCCAUGAACCGGUUUGGUACCCGGUUAGUGGGCGCCACGGCGAACCCGUCGCCACCUUCGAAACCCCGCAGCAAUGAAAACCUUGACAAAAUCGAUAUGUCUUUGGAUGAUAUCAUCAAAUUGAAUCGAAAAGAAGGAAAGAAGCAGAAUUUUCCAAGACUAAACAGAAGGCUCCAGCAAAGUGGUGCCCGGCAAUUCAGGAUGAGAGUGCGGUGGGGAAUCCAACAGAAUUCUGGUUUUGGUAAAAAUAGUCUGAGCCGUAGAGGAAGAGUAAUGCCUGGAAAGAGACGUCCUUAUGGAGUUAUCACUGGCCUUGCAGCUAGAAAAUCAACUGGAGUUCGAAAAGGAAUUAGUCCUAUGAACCGACCACCUCUGAGUGACAAGAAUAUAGAGCGAUAUUUUCCGGUGUUGAAAAGGAAGGCAAACCUUCUGAGACAGAAUGAAGUGCAGAGGAAACCAGUUGGAGUUCUCAAGAGACCUAACCAGUUAAACAGAAAAAGUAACAUUCCAGCCAAUUUUACCAGGAGUGGAAAUAAAUUAAGCCAUCAGAAAGACAUUCGUCAGGCAACUUUUCUUUUCAGAAGAGGCCUGAAGGUUCAGGCCCAGUUGAACACAGAACAACUGCUAGACGACGUAGUAGCAAAGAGAACUCGUCAAUGGCGGACUUCCACCACAAAUGGAGGGAUUUUGACGGUAUCCAUUGACAAUCCUGGAGCAGUUCAAUGCCCAGUAACUCAGAAACCACGAUUAACUCGUACCUCUGUACCCUCAUUCUUGGCAAAACGGGAGCCAUCUGAUGUAAAGAAAGUUCCUAAAGGUGUCCCCCUGCAAUUUGACAUAAAUAGUGUUGGAAAACAGACAGGGAUGACUUUGAAUGAGCGGUUUGGGAUUCUGAAGGAACAAAGAGCCACUCUCACAUUCAACAAAGGAGGAAGCCGCUUUGUAACCGUGGGAUAGAUCCCAUGUCGAGGGGACUUUUGAGUGACAACUCUGUUUGAAAAGUUGAAUUGCUUGAAGAGCUUGUCACAGAAAUUUAAGAAACUUUAUUUGAAAAUAUUCACAAGGAUAAAUAACUCAUUAUUUUUAUUUUUGAAGUUUUUUUUUUAAAACAUGUAUAAAAUAAUGCCCUGAAAGAGUAACAGGGAAUAUAGCUAUUUGUUCUAAAGAUUUCAUGGCUGCCCAGACAGAGCACUUCUUUAUUUGACUUCUUUGGUUCCUCAUGCAGCAAAAGGAAGGCAGAAAGAUAGAAAUUGAUUAUUUUUACGAUAGUGGUAUUUAGUAUCUCAUCUCCUUUGCCCAUUUUUUAGACUUUGCCAUGGUAAAUCUUGGCCUUCAGAAAUAUGAGUAAAUCUGUUUUGUUGCUGUCACUUACCCUUUAAUAGGGUUGACUUAAUAAGUACAGUUGCCUUUUCUUCAGUGGAGAUAUUAAAAAAAAAAUUCAUUAGGAUUCCUGUUUUGGAUUUUAAGAUUUAUGGCGUAUCCGGAACUAAUUUUUCAGAUAAUGUUAGGUUAAUCCCCUAGAUCUGUUAAGUCUUAGUGAUGAACUUUUAACAAGAAAUGUGACUCUAGGCAGUAGUCUCAGUUUAAACUGUUGGUAUUUGGUGUCUGUAAAUGUAUGUUUACAAAGUUACCAGAUAGAUCUUUGGAGGAGAAUGUCCAGUGUAAAAACCUGACAGUUUGUUUAGUAAAUGAGGAAAACAUGAGUGGGAGUAGCAGGUUGAAGAAGAGGUAACUGAGGUGGAAAACUUCAAAACCCAGGUUAUAGGUACACUCUUUGGAUAUAGUGUAGCCUUGAGUCUAGUACCCACAAAAAAUUCUUCAAAUGAUAUUUAAAAGAAUUACAAUUAUUAGAUUGAAUCCCUUAGAUAUUUUCAUAGUAAAAUUAAUAGCCAUAACAUACUAUGCUUUCUUCUUCUUCAAAUAGUUAAAUUUUAAUAAUCUUUUAAGCUUGCCAAAUUAAACACUACACAACUUCAAAAACAGAACUAGUUUACGUCAGAAAGAAGAAAAAUGCAAAAGUGAUAAUAAGUUACAUUGUAAGCUUGUUUUAUACCUCUCUGAUUUAUUUUAUGGUAUAAAGUUGCAUUUAUGGGGAGAAAGGCACCCUCCUGGGAGGAGUGUGAGCAGUUAGUCUAUUGUGCCAAGAUAGUGCUGAGUCCUCAGAUAGUUGUAUACUAUAAGUUACAGUAAAAUGCCAAAAUGCAGUAACAUAUUCCAGCUACAAGUUACAAGUGUGGUCAUUUUGAAGCUUGACCUUUUGGUUUACUAUAAUGUCAAAACUUCUAAGUAGGCAUUAGUUUCUUUACAGUACAUUGUUAUUGUUGACUUUUCCUGUUAACAAAACAUUAAGUUACCGCUCUUGCCUGCCCUGCACUAUGUACUAGACUUCAUUGUGGUCUCUCAUGCUCCUUGGGUUACUUGUUGGGUUAUUAAGAAGGUAACCUGGAAAGCUAUCAGUAACAGUUUGCUUAUACCAAAGAAUUAAAUCUGAUCCUAAAUAUUGAUAUUUUACCAGUACUUCUACUGAUACGGAAUUAUGGGAAGCCAGUCACAAAAUUUGAAAAUAAACUCUAGUCUCUCCUUAGCUGUUUUAUGCUUUUCAUUGAGGUCAAGGACCCAUUGCAAAACAUUUUUGCAAGUAUGAAUGCUUAUAUUUGAUCCAUAAACACUAUAUUUUAGACUGGUUUAGAGGUAGCUUAUUUUAAAGCAAAGGAAAAACAACUGAGAAUGAGUUUACUGUCUUUAGAACAAUUUGUGAAAAUAUGUUGUAAAGGUGGUUUUCAUUUUGAGUUAUUUUAAAUAUUAUUAUAUAGAGCUAUUAUUAAUGCCAUUUUUUUUAAACUUUAAAAAUUGCCCCAAAUAUUGACAUUGAGUGCAUCAAACAACAUGUCUUUGGUAUAUUAAACUUUUGCUCUUUGUGCAUCUGUAAUUUAAUUUUCUUUUUAAAUAUAAAAUUUUACCUUUGGUAAACUAAAUUAAAACUCUUGAGUGCUAAUAUGUUGUAUAUAUACAAAAGAGUAUGUUUGGUUGGAGGGAAAAUUUCCAUUGUUGGAAUUUUAGCAGCUAAUGUGCUUGUAGUCAUCCUUUUUCAGUUCUUAAUGUUUUGUGUUGUUCUUUUGUUUUGUUUUAAAUAGGAUGCAACUUAAAAUUUCCUUUGCAUCAAGGUGUAUGCAAAACGUUGAUGCAGUGCAUCACAAAAUGAAAGUUUGUAUUUAACGAGGAGGUGCUUUACACUGUACUUUUUGGAGAAGUUACAUUUAGAUCUGUUCUGAAGCUGUUCACUUUUAAAAAAUAAAAUGUUACAGGUUUUUACAUGAUUUAUUCUUAGCUAUACAGAUUGUGGUUUUUAGAUUGUUGUAUGUUGUAAGGAACUUGGUAGUGAUUAUUAAGUUUAUAUUUAUAAUUUUUAAGGGUUUAAAAAGUUACCUACCAAUUGAAUUGGCAGAUCAGUCUAGAGUUUCGUAUUGGCAUCUCUCAGAGUACCUUUUGACUAUUUCAUUUAUAGCUCUACCAUGAAGUAGUCAGGAGUUGAAAAAGAAUUAAUUUACUUACAGUGCCCGAUAUUAGAGAUAAUGUGCUUUAGAGAUUAUUGAGCUCAACCACGCAUUUUACAUCUUAGUAAAGUGAGGCGCUCAGUGUUUUCAAGACUUGUGUGUGCAGAGUCACUUUUUGAGCCUAGAUCUUCUGAUUCUCAGUUCCUUGUACACUCCUGUGAAUUGAACACCCACAGAAAAUAGUGUUAGAUUCCACUGAAGUAGAAAUAAUAACUUUAUUUUCUGAUUUUUAUUUUAAUCCUACAAACUAAAAGAACCAGUAAAAUUUCCCCUCUAUUCAAGGUUACAAUAUUCUUUAUUUAGGUUCAGUAUGAGCUCUUGUGUUGGGAAGUUCCCAAAGGCAAGGAGGAAUAAUACUAGCAUGUGUCCGAUGUUGCAUGAAAAUUUCUUACUAUUCAAAUUAAAGCUGCAAUGGUAUGUGGCUUGGCAGAUAUCUAAGAAUUACUAAUAGCCAUGCUUUAGUAUUUUUAGCAUGGUAAGUAAAUCUACUCUUCAAGUGAUAAUUAUGAGACUUCAUUAUUUUGGUAUUCAAGUUAGGUAGAGUGAAUUGAAAAGGCCAAUGUUCUUAAUCAGACAUUAUGCAUUUUUUCCUAGUAUGCAUAAUAAACCACCACAAUUUUAAUUAUAAGCAAAUCAUAAACUACUACUAAGUGUGAAGGAACAUACUUCAUUGCUCAAUGGUUUUUUUUUUCUUUUUUUUUUAGAAUAGGUAUGUAUAUCAUUUUGUGUCAGUAGGCUCAUAAUUCACACAACAUACACAGUUUCAGGGUAACUUGUUCUGAUUUAUUUUUACUAUGAGGAGAUAAGAGUGAGAAAAAACUAGCAGACUUGGUACUACAGAGAAUAAAUACCAUACAUUUUGAAUGCAGGCAGAUUAGGGCAGAAAAUGACUUCGUUUCUGAUCAGGAUACUUGGACUUUCAUCAGAAUUACAUGAUUAUUUGGUUUUUGCCACUGUAAAAAAACAAAAAAAAAAACA